GUGCUGCAUUAGGACGCCUGAGAGAUCAUUUCCCCUCCACAACGUGAGUAUGUGUCAGAAGUGCAGUACUAUCUUGAACUACGUCUUGUCAGGUUUUUUUUACGUAGAUGGCACUUCACUCUCAAGUCUUAUUUUAUUCUAAGCCACAAAAACAAGCCAUUCGCGAGCGCUCAAACCCGUCAGCGAGACACAAUUGAGAAGAUCGAUAAAUGUUUUGGAUCAAGAGACUACUCUCAGCUACUUCACAGCAGGAGUGAUUUAAGCCUGCUGCAUUGCCCAACCUGACAAAGGAGACCGUCUUGGGCCUGUACAUCUUAACAUCUCUCUAAAAGCUACUCUCACAGCCCUACGUCAUUGGAUCAGUCGCACCGAGCAGGUUUGGUGAUUGACGAAGACUUGGAGGUGAGUUCACAAGCUGGAUUGUUCUUUAGCAUACUCUUGGCAAGGCGUCCUCAUACAUGUUGUGGGUAUCCCGCAUCCCCCGUUGUUCUGGGUUAAGUCCGGAAUACUUCAGGUUCUGGAGUCAGUAUUCACCAACAGCGUUGAAGAUGAUCUUGUUUCACUCAAGAUGAUUUCGGCCUGCAAAAAAUUGCCUCGUUCCAUCGAGAGCAUUGUGCUCAGUCUCCUCAUCGAAUUGUCCGACAUCCUGGUCGGAGAAAUGUUAUAGUCGAGGGUGCGAAGCAGCCGUCUACUUCAAACGCAAGCCACAGCCGGUGCUGUUCCUCAUUUCGAAUUGAAACCCAGAAAAGCGCCCAUCUUGCAUGGGGCAAACCACCCUUCGAAUCAGAUUUCGAACCCACUUGCUUCAUCGUCAAUUCUAGAUGUUUGUUUCAAGCCGAUCUGAGGAUGAAAUUCUACUGGCGGAAAGGUUUUGAUUGUCAAGGUGAUUAGCUGAUGUGGCCCUACCAUGACGACGUUUCACUUAGAUAUUAUCGACAACAUAUGGGCAUGCUUACCUCCUGCCACGGAAUAAUUUUUACGCGACUCCAUGUAGGCCAAGCUGAGCAUCGAGCAUUCAGGAAUAUCGGAGAUGAGCGGAGCAAGGUCUGUGAUUCUCAUGUAUGGUACAAGACCUCGCCGUCUCUUCGAUUUUUGCACGGAAUUCAGUCGCCCAGCUUUCUUUCUAGUCACUCACUAGCGCGAUACAUUGAUAAUAAUGUUACCUUCAUCUCUCGUGGCUCUUGUAGCUACAAUUUACUUUCCUACACUCGUUUUCUGCCAGCUGUCGGGGUCCGUUGGGCCACUUACCACAAUCGCGACUAAAGCCGCGAAGAAGACUUGCAACGUUCUAGAUUAUGGCGCGAAAGCAGAUAAAGCUACUGACCUAGGCCCACCUCUGGCCUCAGCCUUCGCUGCAUGCAAAACUGGAGGUGUUGUUGUUAUUCCAGAAGGCGAAUAUGUGAUGGCUACUUGGGUAACGCUCAACGGUGGAUCUGCUUGGGCACUUCAAUUUGACGGAACCGUUUAUCGGACUGGGACAGCAGGAGGCAACAUGAUUUUCAUCGAGCACACGAGUGACUUCGAGCUCUUUAGCAGCACGUCUAAGGGCGCAUUUCAAGGAAACGGGUACAUCUUUCAUCAACAGGGCUCAAUCACCGGACCUCGAAUCUUGCGUUUAUACGACGUGAAGAACUUCUCUGUCCAUGACCUUGCGCUAGUAGACUCGCCAUCCUUUCAUUUCUCUAUGGACACCUGUGCCAACGGUGAGGUAUACAAUAUGGCCAUUCGUGGUGGUAAUUCCGGUGGAUUGGAUGGCAUUGAUGUCUGGAGCACGAAUAUGUGGAUUCACGAUAUCGAGGUCACGAACAAAGACGAAUGCGUGACUGUUAAAAGUCCAGCAAAAAAUAUCCUCAUCGAGAACAUCUAUUGCAAUCGGAGCGGCGGUUGUGCCCUCGGCUCCUUGGGUGCAAAUACCAACAUCUCCGAUAUCACUUACCGCAACGUUUACACUUGGUCCUCUAACCAAAUGCUGAUGAUCAAAUCAAAUGGCGGCAGUGGGUCGGUUGAAAACGUGUUGUUUGAGAACUUCAUUGGCCAUGGAAAUGCCUAUUCUCUUGACAUUGAUCAGUAUUGGUCUAGCAUGUCUACCGUUGCUGGAAACGGCGUACAGCUGAAUAACAUAACCUUUAAGAACUGGAAGGGCACAGAAGCCAACGGCGCUCAGCGAGGACCAAUCAAGGUUGCCUGUGCUGAUGGGGCCCCAUGCACAGAUAUUACGAUCGAGGAUUUCGCGAUGUGGACAGAGACAGGUUCAAAACAAUUUUAUUCUUGCAGAAGCGGAUAUGGAUCAGGGUUCUGUCUCAAAUCGGGCACAGGAGCAUCUUAUGCAGCAACAACGACAACGGUAACCGUUCCACCAUCAGGGUAUUCUGCGCCUACAAUGGCUGCCGAUCUUGCCAGCGACUUUGGUACAACAUUGUCCAUCCCAAUACCUACCAUCCCGACCUCAUUCUACCCAGGGGUAACGCCUGUGAGCAAGCUUGCCAGCGCCGCUUCGACUAAGGCUGCUGUUCGCUUUGCGGCUUGAAUCAGUCUUAAGAUUUCUGAAUUCUCAUAAGAUGCCAUUUGAGCUGCCCUAAAACCGAAUCUCAAAUAAAAGAGUCUCGGAACUAUAUCACUGUAUAUAUCUAUAAAUUCAUAUAGCCAGGUCUUUGCAAUACGGCAUCAAAG